UUCGGGACGGGCGCCUAGCCGUUGCCAUUGGCCGGUCGCGCGGCGGCGCCGCUGUCUGAUUGGCGCGUGGCGGCCGGGUCCCGCCCCCAAUGCGCCCAGCAGGCUGCGCCGCGGCGAGCGGCACUUCCGGUACUAGGCCUCGGCGGGGGGAGGGGACCGGGCAGCAACCGCCGCGGGCCGGGUGCGAUGCGGGCAGAGCCGUAGGGGCGGCGGAGCGGCGGCACCAUGCUCAUCGAUAACGUGGACGCGCUCAAGUCCUGGCUGGCCAAGCUGCUGGAGCCGAUAUGUGAUGCAGACCCAUCAGCCUUAGCCAACUAUGUUGUGGCAUUAGUUAAGAAAGACAAACCAGAGAAGGAGCUAAAAGCUUUCUGUGCUGACCAGCUGGACGUCUUUCUGCAGAAAGAAACUUCAGGUUUUGUAGAUAAACUUUUUGAAAGUCUGUACACGAAGAGUUACCUUCCUUCUCACGAACCCACGAAAGUAGAAGUGAAGCCUGCAGGUCAGGAGAAAGAAGUCAUCAAGGAGGAGCUGUCUGUUAAACAGAAUUUUCAAGAAUCAGUUGAAGAAGAGCGGGAUAGCAGGAAGAAGAAGCAUUCUAGUCCACAGAGAAGCCGUGCAGAUUCCAGUGAACAAAGAACCAGAGAGAAAAGGAGAGAUGAUGGAAAGUGGAGGGACUACGACAGGUACUACGACAGGAGCGACCUGUACAGAGACAAGUCCAGCUGGCGGCGAGGCAGGAGCAAAAGCCGGAGUAAAAGCAGAGGGCUGAGUCGAAGUCGCAGCCGCAGCAGGGGUAGAAGCAAAGACCAUGAUGCAAACAGAAGUGUUGAGCACCGUGAGAGAUCAAAGUUCAAGAGCGAACGAAAUGAUGUUGAAGGCACAUAUAAUCCAGUUUCUGCGUCUGCCAGUAACUCUUCUGAACAGUAUUCUGCUGCACAGUCUAUUCCCAGUGCUGUUACUGUAAUUGCACCUGCGCACCAUCUUGAAAACACAACAGAGAGUUGGUCAAAUUAUUACAACAAUCAUAGCAAUCCCAGUUCAUUUGGCAGAAAUCCUCCACCUAAGAGAAGGUGUCAAGAUUAUGAUGAGAGAGGAUUUUGUGUACUUGGUGAUCUUUGUCAGUUUGAUCAUGGAAAUGAUCCGUUAGUAGUAGAUGAAGUUUCCUUGCCAAGUAUGAUUCCUUUUCCUCCACCACCUCCGGGACUUCCACCCCCUCCAGGUAUGCUUCUGCCUCCCCUGCCAGGUCCAGCUCGCAGUUUGAGGAUCCCAGUUCCACAAGCUCAUCCGCAGGCACCACCUCCUGUUGUGCUUCCUGUACCGAGGCCGCCUUUGACUCAGUCCAGUCUGAUCAAUAACCGCGAGCAGCCCGGGACGAGCGCAGUGCCCAGCCUGGCGCCUGUGGGAGCGCGGCUGCCCCCCCCGCUACCCCAGAACCUCCUGUACACAGUAUCAGAACAUACGUAUGAGCCAGAUGGCUAUAACCCUGAAGCUCCUAGUAUUACCAGUGCUGGUCGAUCUCAGUACCGGCAGUUCUUUACAAGAGCACAGACGCAGCGUCCGAAUCUAAUUGGCUUAACAUCUGGGGAGAUGGAUACAAAUCCAAGAGCUGCCAACAUUAUCAUCCAGACCGAACCUCCCAUUCCCAUUACAAAUAAUAGCAGCAAUGUAACUAGAGUUGUGCUUGAACCAGACAGCAGAAAAAGGUCACCAAGUAGUUUGGAAUGUCCACCGCUGAAGAAACCGUGGCUGGGAAAGCAAGCAAAUAAUAACCAGAAUAAGCCAGGUUUUCUGAAAAAGAAUCAGUACACUAACACAAAGUUAGAAGUUCGAAAAAUUCCACCAGAACUGAACAAUAUUACACAACUCAACGAGCACUUCAGCAAGUUUGGAACUAUUGUAAACAUUCAGGUUGCUUUCCAGAACGAUCCUGAAGCUGCUCUGAUUCAGUACUUAACUAAUGAUGAGGCUAGGAAGGCAAUUUCAAGCACAGAGGCAGUUUUAAACAAUCGGUUCAUAAGGGUGCACUGGCACAGAGAAAGCGAGCAGCAGCCCCCACUGCUGCAGCAGCCCCAGCAGCAGUCACCCUCGCCGUCUCUUCAUCACCAACUUCACCUCCAGCAGCAAGCCCUGGCCCCGGCUCCCGCUGUGACAAUGCACAGCAAUCUGCCCAAGGCAGUGAACAAACCGCUGGCAUCUGGUGCCUAUGUCCUGAACAAAGUCCCUGUGAAACGUCGCCUUGGAGCAGCAGGUGGAAAUCAGUCUGAUCUCAGUCAGGCUGGGGCCGUGGCAGAGGACUGUCAGACAUUUCCUACUCCUACAAGCCAUUCAAAAAUGGUUUAUAGUUCUUCAAACUUGAAGGCGGCUAUGAAGCCUGGCGCAGGAUCUAAACCUCACGACGUACAGGAAGCUCUUAAGAAGAAGCAGGAGGCAAUGAAACUCCAACAAGACAUGAGGAAAAAGAAGCAGGAGAUGUUAGAAAAACAAAUAGAAUGCCAGAAGAUGUUGAUAUCCAAGCUGGAGAAAAACAAGGCCAUGAAACCAGAAGAGAGAGCAGAAAUAAUGAAGACGUUAAAAGAACUAGCAGGAAAAAUAUCUCAGUUAAAGGAUGAGUUAAAAACUUCAUCUGCAACCUCUACGCCAUCAAAAUUAAAAUCCAAGACAGAGGCACAAAAGGAACUUCUGGAUGCAGAACUAGACUUCCACAAACGACUCUCUUCUGGGGAAGACACAACUGAACUGCGGAAAAAGCUAAAUCAGCUGCAAGUGGAGGCUGCCCGUUUAGGCAUUUUGCCUGCUGGCCGAGGAAAGGCGGCUCCAGCCCAGGGGAGAGGACGAGGACGGGGCCGUGGUGGGAGAGGAAGGGGGAUGUUAAAUCACAUGGUGGUAGACCAUCGUCCCAAAGCACUAACAGUUGGAGGAUUCAUUGAAGAGGAGAAAGAUGAAUUGCUGCAGCACUUCUCUAAAUUCGGAGACAUUGAGGAUCUCCAAGAAGAAGACUCCCCACUGAGUGUUGUUCUGACCUUCAAAUCUCGCUCUGAAGCUGAGAAUGCUGCUAACCAGGGAUCCAAGUUUAAAGACCGAAGGCUGCAGAUAUCAUGGUACAAACCUAAGGUACCCUCUGUGUCCACAGAAGUUGAGGAAGAGGAAUCUAAGGAAGAGGAGACUGAAACCUCAGAUUUGUUUUUGCACGAAGAUGAUGAUGAUGAGGAUGAAGAUGAGGAUGAAUCCCGUUCUUGGAGAAGAUGAAACUUGACGUUAGAAAUGUAUAACCUUAGGCAUAUAGUUCAAGCUACAUCUUUUAGACAUCUAUUUAAGAAAGUUGAUGAGCCAAAAAAAAGCUUUACUUUCUUUUCAAACCACAAGAUUUAAAGUGAGCAAAGUUUGUUAUAAAAACAUUUCAGAGAUAGAGCUGCGAUGCCAACCUAGCCAAAGGCCCAGUAACUUUUUAUAGAAGUAUCAAGCUCACCAGGAUGGUGAUUUUUUUCUAUUUAAGAAGGAUAAAAAAAGAGAGAAAGAAAACAAAUAUUAGUAUUUUCUUGUCCUCUUUUUGUGUCACCCUCUAUUACCUUGUUUUGGGUUUUCUAUAAUGUGAUUGAUUUGUUAGCUUACAAUUGAAAAGAUGUUACAGGUUUUAUUUAGCAAUAUUCUAGGCUCGGGGGAAAGACACAAACUGUCAUUAAAUGUUAUGAAAGAAAAAACGCCUCAUUUACUAAUUGAAGAAAGGUGGCAUUUUGUUUCACGUGCAGCCACUGCCUGUAGAAGUUACUGUGGCUGAACUCAUCAGACAUCUCAGGAUGUUUGAAAGCCACGCAGCUUCAGUGUUUGCUUUGUGAGGGGGUGAAACAGGUAAUCCAGCAGGGGAUGGCUGUGACGCUGUGCGUUCGCUCUGUUCUUCAAACCCCGCUGCACACAGCAGUGGCUCAGCUGCAGGGCAGGGUUUGCUCUCCCAUGGUUUCCCCCUGUAGUUCAGUGCAGUCCAGUCUCAGCCGCACCGUUCAUUCGCUGCAUUCCUGAGUCUGUGAGCUUGAAUCGAGUGAGUUUCCUGCUUCCCCAGAAGGAACUAAAUGGGCAACUGCUCACAGCCCCUCCAAACUCUUCUUCCCUCUGGCUCUGUUUAUAUUGGAGCCAAACCCGUGAGGUGUUCAGAGCAGAACGCUUCCUGUCUCGCUGCAGGGUUUGGAGCGGCGCUGUGUGUCUGCACCCCUGGAUGCGUUUCGCACGGCGCCGCUCGGCUGCCUCAUUGCUGCACCAUUCCAAACCUGCGCCCACCGGCGGUGUGCAAUGGUGGAAAUGAGGGCAGCGAGCUCAGAUCCUGCAGCCACGUCUCUUAACUGCUGCGUGGCUUUUGUGGCUCGCCAACAUCAGUGCCACCUAGGGAGCGUUUUCUUUGGCUGUGCGUUUGCACAGUGCACUUCUCAGUACGCUUUGAUGUGCUUUUCUAUACAAAAUAAACUGAAUGUCAGUGAAAAAUGCUCUCCUCUUUUUAGUUUACCAGAGUAUUUGCCAGCAAGUUCCCGACUGAAGAAAAUUUAGAGAGACCCCUGAGUUGCUGUGGCUCUGAUGUUGGUAACACAGCUGAGCGCGCUGUGUUUGCUGCUCCCUGCCUGCGUUCCCUUUGUGCUGUGGUGGUGCAUUGGAAGUCCAAGCGGUGUCAUCUUCGGUUUCCUCACCAGCUGAAGGGAAUUCAGCCUUUCAGUGCUCCGCCUCUGCGCGUUAGAACCUCUGUGUGCGAUGUGGACGUUCUUGUUAACGUUGAGGUGAAGUUGCAAGGAAAUGAGGGAAAACGUAUCUUAGCUAUUCCCCAUGUCUCUCCUCCCAUCGUCUCCUCUGAUGUUGUUCUUGUUGUCUGCGGUUCGGUCGGUGUAUAUGUUGAAAUGCCCAUUGCAGCAACCGUGUUGAGUCCUGACAGUUAAAAGUGAUAGAGGGAACAAAGGAUUUAUAUAUUUUUUUGUACAGAGUUUUUUCUUAAACUGUAUAAUUUUGUAAAUAUGUUGCUUUUUUGUGUACUAAAACUACCAGCGUAUAGAUUUCAAUAAGAACUGUUGUAUUUUUGUAUUUGCAAAAUGAAAACUACAGUGAAUGAAUGAAGCCGUAAGAAAAGCUGCGGCGCGGUUGGUGCAGAACGGGGUUCCUUUUCAUAUGGUUUGGGCAGCAGGAGCUGAGCGCCGGCUCCACGCGCUGCUUUGUGCAGAGCUUCCUGGGAUCGCUCGGCUUUUCUUACCGCUUUCCUUCGCAGCCCACAUGGGCAGCGACGUCCAGAUGCGAUUUCUGAGUGCUGGAGUGAAAAAAUGAGUCGUGCAUCUGAGCUCAGCCUGUGUGCUGUGAGCGCAGUCACCUCCCUGCAGCGCGAGUGGUGCUGUUCCAGGAGCAGGAGGUGUCCCAGAGCGAGCAUCCUGCCCCAGCCGCGGCCCUGCUGGCACUCAGGCGGCGCCGGGCGAUGCGCAGCUGCUCCGCUUUGGGCGCUCGGUGGCACGGCGGCGCUGCGGGCUCUGCUCUGCGCUGCCGUUCCACACCGAUGCUUCCUGAGGGCCCACGAGGCAGCAGUGCAGCCUGAGGGGCAGGAGGUGUUGGGUCUGAGCUGUGGGGACGGAGGGCAUCUGGUCUGUGGGGCGGGGAGCUGCACUGCUGGGUGUCAGCUGGGCAAAAGGAACAGCAGCCCCAGAGCUGGAAGGUGGACGUGGAAACUGUCACUGCUUGCUGUGAGAAUGCACCUCUUUUCUUUUCCUCCUUACGAAAUCAUGUGAAAAGGAAUGAAGUUCCCUUGGUGUAUAGUAAACUUGUACUAUAGUUUUUACAGAAUUGUGAACUUGUGUAAUAGUGUAAUAGGAGAUACUGUUGAAUUUCUAACUGUUUAUACAUUUAAAUUCAUAUAUGUAAUGUUUGUUUUAUUGAUUACAAUCUGAAUUUCUAAGAUGCAUGUUGACUUUUUUGCAAUAAAGAUAUGCUACGGGAAUGGUUCCAAAUGGAGAAAAGAGAAGGAAAACUAAGUUAAAUAAAUUGGACAGCAGAACCAUUCAAAAAAAAAAAAA